UGCGUACCAAACAACCACGAGUGGUACUGCCUCUUGUCACAUCUCUGUCAGAGCUGUGCCGUCCAACUCCUCAAAGGAGAGCGGAGCUCGUGCGAAUGCUCGGGGCGCUAACAUACUCAGCGGCUUGCCGGUUAUUUUUUCGAAGAGCUUAUUGUUUUCUUUUAGAUAUGAGUCAGCGUAAAACAAUAUUCAAGCUGGUGUGCGUGAUCUGAAGGCAAAAGAAAGGGCAGCAGAGAAUAUGGAGCUGUCAGAUGGGUUGUUGCUGCAGGUCAACAAUGGAGAGCAGUGGUGUAACCGCUGGAAACAUCCCAAUGAGGACUCUGACCGCAGCACCAGCCCUUCAGUCCUGCGCUCUGUUGCCAGCACGUGGAAGGAGGGUUUGCUGAACAGAAAGAGGCCCUUCGUUGGCCGAUGCUGUCACUCCUGCACACCACAGAGCUGGGAUCAACUCUUCAACCCAAGCAUUCCAUCUCUGGGGCUGCGCAAUGUCAUCUACAUCAACGAGACCCACACUAGACAGCGAGGCUGGUUGGCGCGAAGGUUGAGCUAUGUGCUGUUUGUCAUGGAGAGAGAUGUCCACAAGGACAUGUUUACCAGGAACGUGGUGGACAAUGUGCUCAACAGCAACAGGGUGGAAAGUGCUGUUUUGAAGGUCGCUACAGAUUUGGAAGCUCCUGCCAGCCAGUCUGGCCAGGAGCACAAGGCUGUCAGUAAAGUAAAGCAGAAAGCCAGGGCCUUCCUCCAAGUGAUGGUGGCCAAUAUUUCACCAGCCUUCAUUAGGCUGACAGGGUGGGUGCUGCUGAGGCUAUUUAAUGGUUUCUUUUGGAGCAUUCAGAUCCACAAAGGACAGCUGGAAAUGGUCAAGAAAGCUGCCACAGAGCAAAAUCUGCCCAUGGUCUUUCUCCCUGUUCACAAAUCCCACAUCGACUAUCUGCUCAUCACGCUGAUUCUGUUCUGUCAUAACAUCAAAGCACCGCACAUCGCUGCUGGAAACAACCUGAGCAUCCCUAUCCUCAGCACCUUGAUCCGUAAACUUGGAGGAUUCUUCAUACGAAGAAAAAUGGAGGAGACAGGGGAUGGAAAGAAAGACAUUUUGUACCGAUCACUUCUGCAUGCAUACACUGAGGAAUUGUUGCGGCAGCAGCAAUUUUUGGAGGUCUACCUGGAGGGUACUCGGUCCCGCAGUGGUAAGCCAUCGCCAGCACGUGCGGGCAUGCUGUCCAUUGUGGUUGACACACUCUGCACUGGGGCCAUCGGGGACGUACUGGUGGUGCCAGUUGGCAUCUCCUAUGACCGAAUUAUUGAGGGCAACUACAACAGUGAGCAACUGGGAAAACCAAAAAAGAAUGAGAGUUUGUGGGGAAUAGCAUGUGGAGUGUUCAGGAUGCUGAGGAAGAACUACGGUUGUGUCCGUGUUGAUUUCAACCAGCCCUUCUCCCUAAAGGAGUAUCUGGACACUCAGAAAAGUCAUCACAUUCCACCACCAGUGUCCCUAGAAAACGCUUUGAUGCCCACCAUUAUUUCUGCAGAACCUGAUGCUCAGCUGUUUGAAGUACAAGAUGAGGAGCAGCUGGACAGAGAGUUGCCUGAUGAGCUCUUUAGACGGCAACUUAUCAACAACCUGGCCAAGCAUGUUCUCUUCACGGCUAAUAAGUCAUCAGCAAUCAUGUCCACUCACAUUGUGGCCUGUCUGCUGCUGUACAGACACAGACAGGGUGUGGUGCUGUCCAAGCUUGUAGAGGACUUCUUUAACAUGAAGGAGGAGAUCUUGUCACGGGACUUUGACUUGGGCUUUUCGGGGAACUCUGAGGAUGUGGUCAUGCGUGCCCUCCACCUCCUGGAAAACUGCAUCAACGUGACCGGCAGCUCCAAUCGCAACGGGGAGUUUACCAUCGCACCUAGUCAAACCGUACCGGCGCUGUUUGAGCUCAACUUCUACAGCAACGGCCUUUUCCAUGUCUUCAUUUCUGAUGCAAUCAUUACAUGUAGCAUCCUGUCGCUGCAGCGUGAGCUGGCGAUGGAGUCAGAUUCAGGUGAUCAGCCCGGGGAUCCCAGCAGUCUGCUUCUUAGUCAGGAAAAGCUCAUCCGCAAAGCUGCCUCUCUCUCUCAUUUCCUUAUCAAUGAGGUGGCUGUGGCACCACCCUGCCAGACAAUUUACCAGGUUUUCUAUGAUGCAGUGACUCGGCUAAUCCAGUACGGAGUCCUUUAUGUGGCAGAGGAGGACCAGGAGGAACUAAGCCCCGGCCCUGCAGAGGAACCUUGGCCUAAAAAGUUCUCAGAGCCCCUUUCAUGGAAAAGCGAUGAAGAGGAUGAAGAUAGUGACUUUGGAGAGGAGCAGAGAGAUCGCUACCUAAAGGUGAGCGUUUCACCAGAGCACCAGGAGUUCUUUGUGUUCCUUCAGCGACUCCUCAGCCCAGUGCUGGAGGCUUACAGCGGGGCUGCGAUUUUCGUGCACAGUCUGAGUCAGCCCAUGUCCGAGACCGAGUAUACCCAGAGGCUCUUCAAGUAUCUGCUCACACGCACAGAGAGAGGAGUGGCUGCUUAUGGUGAAAGUGCAACUCAUUAUCUGGUUAAGAACACAGUGAAGACAUUCAAAGAGCUUGGGGUCCUAAAGGAGAGUAGAGAGAACAAGAAAACAAUGUUGGAGCUAAGCAGCACCUUUAUACCUCAGGCCAAUCGGAAUAAACUCCUGCAGUACAUCUUAGGUUUCACCCUACUGUGACUGAGACACCUUUCAGACCCCGGGCUCCUUCCAGUAAAGGGCUUCUACUGGUUAUUUCGAAACAAUCCCAGGUGCUACUCUGUGGAAAGCUUUGCCAGGAAGUGCCUUCAUGUAACAGCCGCUAUCUGCAAGCUGUUAGCCGGAAGAGACUUGAAGCCAGUCUUCCCUUUUUGUUUUUAGUCUCUGACUCCCUGCCGCUGAUUAAAUGUGCAUCAUUCUUUCAAGGUACAUCCAGGAAUGGUCCUGCCUUUCAGAUCAUGUAGGCAAAGUUGAUAUGUUUUGAUAUGAUCAAAUUUUAAAAUGUACAAAACGGUACUCAAACAAGCUAUAAAAUGAUCAAUUGUACAGAACAAAAAGAGCUACCUUUUGCACUUACAUAUAAACUGUCAAAAUAUGCUUAGUAAAUACCUGUAAACACAACUAAAAGAGGCACUUUUGUGCUGACUCUCCGCUUGUUUGUAAAACUGCUGUAAUCUCUGAAGUGUACUCUAUUAUCAAACAGUAUGAAGUGUUAACAUGUAGUUUCAUACAAAGCUCAUUUUGAAAACAAUUCCUGCACAUAGGUCAUAAGAGCAAUGCCUCUGCUUCACAGUGCAUAUAAAUACAUGUGCCCUGGUGUCAUUAAUGCAAGAACAUUGACAGAUUUGCACCUGACACCUGAAAACAGUGUCCCUGCAAAAUGUGUAUAUAUUUUUAACUUUCCCAGUAAAGCUUAGGUCAGCUAUUCUGUACAGUUGCGUAUUAAAAUAAUCAUAGCAGUUAGCCGUUAGUGGUUAAGCUUCUCAAAAAUAUCACAGCAAAUGCAAUAUGUACCUGUUGAAAGUCUGGUGUAUUUGAGGCCUAAAAGCAUAUACAUCAAAAGUUAAGUGCAUUCAAACCACUGAUCUCUUAAGUGCAUUCAGCUACACUUUUCAUCAAAGGUUUUUAUGUAAAAUGACUUAAAUCUUUUUGCAACACCUUUAACUAUUCAAUGAAUGUUACAUUACACACUUACAAUAUUUAAUACCAGCCAUCACACCCACACAUGUUCAAAUACAACUAGCUCAGACACUCUUCAGUCAGAUGUUUCAGGGAUAGCAGGCAUUUUGGGAUUAUCACCUUUUUAAGUAUAUAUUGUAAACACUGUAUAGAAGCCUUUGUAGCACUGCUGCUGAGUGAGCUACUCUGCUCCAAUAUUUGGGCAUUUAGAAGCCAGAAGUGAUGGUGGGUGAAGUGAAUGGUACAAGUCCAAAGUGUAGGCUGUGCCUCUAAAAAUGAGCUAAUAGUGAGAAGAAGAUAGUUUCCUGUCAAAAUCUUGAUCAAGAGAAAUGUGAGGAGCAGAUAUGGCUACUGUAUCAAAUGUAAUUGUUAUUUUUAACUGUGAGCUAUAGUUUUUUCUUUUAACUGAUAGUUGGUUUUAAACCAUCAAUUCCUUAUUUAAUUAAAUCAUCGCAUGGAAGUGUCAUAGAAAUAAAUUUAAAAAUACAAGUAAAUAUAUCCUACUCGUUUCAGUUUUAGUGAGUCGGCUGAAAUGAAACGGUGGUCAUUGGUAAGAAUCAAAAGCAAAGUAAAACUGUUGCAUACCUGUUAUUUAAUUGCAGAACUCUCAUUUUUAAGUUUGUUGUAAGAUAACUUCAGACUGUACAACAGAAGGUCAAUAUUUACUUGUUUUGUGUGAGCUAAUUCAGAAUCUACAUUCAAAAUAAGCAUGAGUUUAAAGUGAAAUAUUUUACGUUAGCAUGUGAGUGCACAUGUUUGAUCCUAGAAUAAGGAUGUUUGAAUGAGUUUGAUAAAUCAUUGUGAUUGGCGAGAUUUCUAAUCAUACACUGAAUGUAUGAGAACAAAUCGAAAUAUACAUUAGUAAGAAUAUUUGUGACAAUUGUCUACAUUACUGCUGGUUACAGUCUGUUUAAAUGUGUUGUUUCUGAACAUAGAACAUUCUUACUUGCAAUAUUUUAAUGCAGUUUGACAAAUCUACUGUAAGUAAAAUGAACCCUUGUUUUAAAUUUGUGGACUGAUGAAGGACAACUGCGGCAUGUUGUAAAAAAAAAAAGAAAAAAGGAUGUAAAUUAAAUGAGAAUGUGAGGAGGUUGUCGAUGCAUUUUUGUGCUAAAAGUCAUUUAGAGUGUGGUGAGAUAUAAAGCAUUUCUGAGCCUGCAACCUGUACAAUUCCCCUCAACAAGAGACCUCUUGGCCACGAUUAAACCACUACACGUACUGUUUUCUGUGGUCGCCUUUACUCAUCAGCUCUUCAAUGUAAUUUCUGCUUAACCUGAGAAUGUUACUGUGCCAUGUGGGAAUUAUAGUAUGUUAAAAAGAAAAAUAGCUGUUCACACAAAAGAAGAGCCUCUUGAAUGUGUGUCAUCAGUUCCUGAAAAAGUCUUUGUGAUUUUUGUUUCUGGUUUCGCUACAAAUAAGAUUUAGCUUUUAUGAACUGUGGAAGCUGUUGAGAUUCAUUGGUAAUAGAGCUGCAUUAACGUCAUACCAUUUUGAUUAAGAAACAUGCCUGUAUUUGGGGAGCAGGUGCCUUUUUUUAAUGCACUGUAGGGCUCUUUGGUUGUAUCUUCUGUUUUAUUUUUCAUGCAUGUUAACAGUAUCAUGUGGGAAUCCAAAAGAACACUGUCGAUUGUAACUUAAAUUACUGAAGUAGAGAGGAUGAGUUGUUAAUUUACAAAUAAAAAAAAAUAAUAAUAAAAAAUCACCAGCUACUAAAAGAAAUGUCACUUUUAAUUUUUGUUCUUGCUUUAUUGGAACAAAGCACAACUGGCAUUAUUAGAUGUUGUUUUUAAAUAAAUUAAUGAUAGGCUAA